AGAAAAAGAAGAUCGAAAAUGGAGAGACAUUGUGUGUUCCUUGCCAUUUUUAUGCUGAUACUUCAUCUUGUUCAAGCUAAUGAUCCAACCGGAUUCAUCAACGUGGAUUGCGGUUUACUCCCUAAUGAGCCUCCUUACACUGCACACUCAAUCAAUUUAGAAUAUACAUCAGAUGCCGGUUUAGUUAACAGUGGGAAAACCGGUAUAAUCGCCAAGGAGUUUGAAUCGAGAUACUCUAAGCCGAGUUUGACAUUGAGAUACUUUCCAGACGGACUACGAAACUGCUACAACCUAAAUGUGACCCGCGGCACCAACUAUCUGAUCAGGGCCACAUUCGUAUAUGGAAAUUACGAUGGUCUUAAUAUCAAUCCGAACUUCGACCUUUACAUGGGUCCAAAUUUAUGGACAACGGUGAGUACUAGUAAAACUGCUAAGGAGAUCAUCCAUGUGACGAAAUCCAAUUCGUUACAGGUCUGCCUUGUUAAGACGGGUGAGACUAUACCUUUUAUUAAUAUCUUGGAACUACGACCACUGAGAAAAAAUGCGUACGUCACUCAAAGUGGCUCAUUGAAUUUGUUCUCCAGGAGGUAUCUUAGCAACUCAAGUCGUACUAUAAGGCACCCAUCUGAUGUCUAUGAUCGUAUAUGGGACCCAUUGUUCGUGAAGAACUUAUGGAAACAAGUAACGACGACUCUGGAUGUAAAUGUUAAUAACGAAUAUGAAUUACCAAAAGGUGUAAUGGCAACGUGCGUAACGCCCCUAAACGCUAACGCGACAUUAAACAUUAACUGGAUUUUAAAGCCUCCUACUACAAAGUUUUACUCCUACAUGCACUUUGCAGAGCUUCAGACUCUAAAAGCCAACGAUACAAGGGAAUUCGAUGUAACACUCAAUGGAAAACUUUCAUAUGGAAAGUACAGUCCUAAGCCGCUAAAAUCCAUAACCAUAUUCGACGUAAUGCCACACCAGUGCGACAGGUCAGGGGAAUGUCUUUUGGAGCUUUUGAAGACAUCGAAUUCAACUCUUCCACCUCUACUUAAUGCUAUCGAAGUUUACACUGUGAUUGAUUUCCCGCAAAUGGAGACAAAUGAAGAUGACGUUGCUGGUAUCAAGAAUGUUCAAGAUGCUUAUGGAUUGAAUAAAACCACUUGGCAAGGAGAUCCAUGUGUCCCCAAACAGUUUUUGUGGGACGGUCUAAACUGCGAUAACUCCGAUAUUUCUACUCCACCGAUAAUCACUUCAUUAGACUUAUCUGCAAGUGAAUUAACCGGGAUCAUCACGCAUGCCAUUCAAAAUCUUACUCACUUACAAAAACUGGACUUGUCAAAUAACAAUUUGUCUGGAGAAGUACCUGAAUUUCUAGCUGACAUAAAAUCACUCUUGGUCAUAGACUUAAGAGGUAAUAAUCUCAGUGGCUCGGUUCCUCCCUCACUUCUUCAGAAGAAAGGAUUGAUGCUACAUGUUGAAGGAAACCCUCAUCUUCUUUGCACAACUGGUUCAUGUGUGAACAAAGGACAUAAGAAAAAGAGUACCAUUGUACCAGUGGUUGCAUCAAUUGCAUCAAUAGCUGUUCUUAUAGGUGCACUCGUCCUGUUCCUUGUUCUCAGAAAGAAAAAGGCAUCAAAAGUAGAAGGGCCACCACCAUCAUAUAUGCAAGCGUCAGAUGGUAGAACUCCUAGAUCAUAUGAACCAGCAACAAUGACAAAGAAUAAAAGGUUUACUUACUCGGAAAUUAUGACGAUGACAAAUAACUUCCAAAGAGUCCUUGGUAAAGGAGGUUUUGGAACCGUUUACCAUGGUUUUGUGAACGGUACAGAACAAGUAGCUGUUAAGAUGCUCUCGCAUUCAUCAUCUCAAGGAUAUAAACAAUUCAAAGCUGAGGUAGAACUUCUUCUUAGAGUUCAUCACAAGAACUUGGUUGGUCUUGUUGGGUAUUGCGACGAAGGAGAGAACGUGGCUCUAAUCUAUGAAUACAUGGCCAAUGGAGAUUUGAAAGAACAUAUGUCAGGAAUAAGAAACCGAUUUAUUUCCAAUUGGGGAACUAGACUAAAAAUAGUCAUCGACUCUGCACAAGGUUGGUUUACAGAUUGUCCCUAUCAUUUUUCUUAUCUUUGUUUCUUUGCUUAUCAUUUGAUUAAACAUGUCGGAUUUUGUGGCAUAGGACUUGAGUAUUUGCAUAAUGGAUGCAAACCACAAAUGGUUCAUAGGGACGUCAAAACCACAAAUAUAUUGUUAAAUGAACACUUUGAGGCCAAACUUGCUGAUUUUGGCCUUUCGAGGUCAUUUCCCACUGGAGGUGAAACUCAUGUGUCAACAGCUGUUGCUGGAACUCCAGGAUAUCUCGAUCCCGAAUACUACAGAACAAACUGGUUGACAGAGAAGAGUGAUGUAUAUAGUUUUGGGAUUGUAUUAUUGGAGAUCAUCACAAACCGACGGGUGAUCGACCAAAGUCGUGAAAAGUCACAUAUAGCAGAAUGGGUGGGGCUAAUGCUUACUAAAGGAGACAUCACAAGCAUUAUGGAUCCAAGUCUAAAUGGAGAUUAUGAUUCAGGUUCUGUGUGGAAAGCUGUUGAACUAGCAAUGUCUUGUCUGAACCCAUCUUCAACGAGAAGACCUACCAUGUCUCAAGUUGUUAUUGAAUUAAACGAUUGUCUAGCAUCUGAAAAUUCAAGAGGAGGAGCGAGUAGGGACAUGGACUCAAAGAGUUCCAUAGAAGUGAGUUUGACAUUUGGUACCGACGUGAACCCAACGGCUCGGUAGAUUACAUGAAGAAUUAUCAUGCGGUACAACAUAAAUAUUUGUUAUAUGUAUCUUUUUACGGAACUAUCUUCAAUUCGCGUUGUUAGUGAGUUAUGAACUUUUAUCAUCGAUAUAUGUAAAUAAAGUUCAAAGUCUCUUUUUUUGUGUGUUUUGAAAUGUUUCAGUUUAGAAUCAGUGCAUUUGAUGUUUGACAAAUAAUGUUUUACUCUUGACCUUGAUUAGUAUUGGAAAGCCAAUUUGCAA